UUCCUUGGCUGAGGGGAUUUGGCUGUUUCUUGCCUGCUCAUCUGUCCUUGGUGCUGAAGGCCGGCAAAGAAGAGAACUUGUAAAUGUUUAAUCAACUUUGCUCCUGGAUGCCUGCUUUGGAUGAGAGCCUAUUAAUAACUGGAGUGGCUAAGGGGCAGGUAUGAUGUCUGUUACUAUAGCAUCCUCCUGAAGAGGAUCUGGGAGUGAGAGGCACAGCUGAGCUCAGGAAGAGGCAGGUGGGGGUGGGGCCCAGAGCUCAGCCCAAGCCAAGGCAGGACCAGGCACAAGGAUUUGCCUCUUUCUCAAGUCGCCCAGUGUCCCCUUUAGCAUCUCCAGCUGCAGCCCCUAGGAGUCUGUCUCGAGUCUCAGUGGCGAUGCAAAUGAGAGCUGCCACCCUCAUCCUGCCUUGCUUCUAGCUCUCCUGAGGAACCUCUCCAGCUUGACUGCAGGCAGCCCCCCAUUCCAUUGCCUUUUUUUUUUGUCCUGGAACAACUCGAUUGGAUUUUAUCCUUCUGCCAUUUCCAGGAGCAAAGAGUGGUUACUUGUGCUGCUGCAAGGACUCUGCAUGGGCCUUCCAAAUUGGAAAUGAACAAGAGCGAUGGAAGCUGGGAAUGACUGCUGCUAACCCACUAGAGGGGCCCCUCAUUCACCAUGCCAUUUAAGGGGCUCACUACCUUCAAAGAAAAAUUCUUGAAGCCUGGAAAGGAGGGCGUGAAGAGUGCCGUCAGCGACUCACUAGGCAUUUUCCAAAGAAAAAUUGAUGGGACCAAUGUGGAAGAAGACAACAUUGAACUGAAUGAAGAGGGGAGGCCAGUGCGGGCUCCAGCUCAGAGCCCCACUCGAUGCGACUGCUAUUGCUGCGGGAUACCCAAGCGCUACAUCAUUGCCAUCAUGAGUGGCCUGGGUUUCUGCAUUUCCUUUGGGAUUCGCUGCAACCUUGGUGUUGCCAUUGUGGAGAUGGUCAACAACAGUACGGUGUAUGUAGAUGGGAAGCCAGAAGUACAGAAAGCCCAAUUUAACUGGGACCCAGAGACAGUAGGACUUAUCCAUGGGUCUUUUUUCUGGGGCUAUAUUGUGACACAAAUUCCAGGAGGCUUCAUCUCAAAUAAAUUUGCUGCAAACAGGGUAUUUGGAGCUGCUGUUUUCUUAACUUCUACCCUAAAUAUGUUCAUCCCUUCAGCAGCCCGAGUGCAUUAUGGCUGUGUCAUGCUAGUCAGGAUUCUCCAGGGCCUAGUGGAGGGGGUUACCUACCCAGCAUGCCAUGGGAUGUGGAGUAAGUGGGCACCGCCAUUGGAAAGAAGCAGACUGGCAACUACCUCGUUCUGUGGUUCAUAUGCUGGGGCAGUGGUUGCCAUGCCAUUGGCUGGAGUGUUAGUGCAAUACAUUGGAUGGUCCUCCGUCUUUUAUAUUUAUGGGAUGUUUGGGAUUGUUUGGUACAUGUUUUGGUUGCUGCAUGCCUAUGAAUGUCCCGCCUCUCACCCAACUAUCUCCGAGGAAGAGCGCACUUACAUAGAGACGAGUAUAGGAGAAGGCACCAACCUAGUCAGUCUAAAUAAAUUUAAUACGCCCUGGAAACGGUUUUUCACAUCGAUGCCUGUUUAUGCUAUCAUUGUGGCCAACUUUUGUCGGAGUUGGACCUUCUAUUUGCUGUUGAUCAGUCAGCCUGCUUACUUUGAAGAGGUCUUUGGCUUUGCAAUCAGCAAGGUGGGCCUUCUGUCUGCACUCCCACAUAUGGUCAUGACAAUCAUCGUACCCAUCGGAGGACAGUUGGCUGAUUAUUUAAGAAGCAGAAAGAUUUUAACGACGACAGCCGUUCGCAAAAUCAUGAACUGUGGAGGUUUUGGCAUGGAAGCAACCUUACUCUUGGUGGUUGGCUUUUCUCAUACCAAAGGCGUGGCCAUCUCCUUCCUGGUGUUGGCAGUAGGGUUCAGCGGUUUUGCCAUUUCAGGAUUUAAUGUCAAUCACUUGGAUAUUGCCCCACGCUAUGCCAGCAUUCUCAUGGGGAUCUCCAAUGGUGUGGGAACCCUUUCUGGAAUGGUUUGUCCCCUUAUUGUUGGUGCAAUGACCAAACACAAGACUCGGGAAGAAUGGCAGAACGUCUUCCUCAUAGCUGCCCUGGUACACUACAGUGGUGUGAUCUUCUAUGGUGUCUUUGCUUCUGGAGAGAAACAGGAAUGGGCUGAUCCAGAGAACCUCUGUGAGGAAAAGUGUGGCAUCAUUGACCAAGAUGAAUUGGUGGAAGAGAUGGAACUGAACCAUGAGACCUUUGUUUGUCCAAGGAAGAAAAUGUCCUAUGGGGCAACCACUCAGAAUAGUGAAAUACAGCGACAGGAAUGGAGAGGGCAAAGAGGACUGACAGUAGAUGAGGAAGAGCAGAUAUCCUACCAGUAUGAAGAGGGAUACUUCCCAGAUGCUUCCUAGUGUGAGGAAAAAUCCAGUCAUCUCAGCAUCCCAAGCCUCCUCACACCAUAAAACCAGCCAGUAGAGUAUUCACAUAGCUAUUGACUUCUUCCUAGCAGAUCUUGCCAAGAGGUUAAAUGCUAUAUAUAUGGAAAGGAUGAAAAGGAAGAGAUGGGGCCAAAUGCAUGGUGAAGAGGCAGCAGAUAGAGAUCUGCUCUGACUCUCUAUGUUGCAGAGACUUGGGUUCCCAUCCUGCCUCUAACAUACACUAGCUCUGUGACAUCGAUCAAGUCAUGCAAUCACUCAUUGCCCCAGGAAUUCUCUAAGACUUAAAGGUGCAAAGCCAGGGUCCAUCCCCAUUGGUAGAGGGAGUUUCCUCAUAAGAGGUAUUCCCUAUGCCAAUGAAAUCACAGGCCUACUCUUGUAUUUAUUUAGGACAUAGGUUCCUUCCUCUCUCCCUCCUUCCCUCCCUCCCUCCCUUCCCUCCCUCCCUCCCUUCCCUCCCUCCCUCUCUCUGUCCGUCCCUCCCUCCCUCCCUCCCUCUCUUCCUUCCUUCCUUCCUUCCUUCCUUCCUUCCUUCCUUCCUUCCUUCCUUCCUUCCUUCCUUCCUUCCUUCCUUCCUUCCUUCCUUCCUUCCUUCCUUCCUUCCUUCCUUAUUUCCUUCCUUCCUUCCUCCCUUCCUCCCUUCCUCCCUUCCUCCCUUCCUCCCUUCCUCCCUUCCUCCCUCCCUCCCUCCCUCCCUCCCUCCUUCCCUCCCUCCCUCUCUCCUCCCUCCCUUCCCCUUUUCUCUUUCCUCUCUUCUUCCUUAUCUCUUUCCUUCUUUCAUAAUAGAGCCUAACCUAUUCCCCAUAUAAAUAUGGUAUUAUGUAAAUAAACCUAGAUAGAUGGUGAUCUGCUCUGACUUUCUAAGUAUAUAUAUGCUCUCCCAAAAGUCUCAGUGAAGUUUUAAGAUUUAAUGGUUUCCAAUUUCACUAAGCCUUUUGGAAUACUCUACAUAGCAUUUAUGUAGGAAAUGGGUUGAUUCCUUCUUCUAAUAAAUUAUUCUGCUUUAUUCAGGGAAUAGGUUAGUUUCCCCUCCCUUGAAUGUUUAACAAAGUCUGGGUGACCUCUUGUUGGAUUUAUUGUAGAAGGAAUUCUUGGUCCAAUAGAAGCUCAAAGAUUACUUCCAAUUCUGAGAUUAGGUGAUUCCCUGGAUAUUUGGGAUGAUGUUAGAGUGUUGGUUUUGUUCUGAGAUUUAAUUUAUUCCCUACAUUGGUUUUGGACUCUAUUCUACUAGCUUCAAUUUAUGACAAGGGUUAUUUGAUAUGCUAGUAGUCAACUCUUGAGUGGUGGGACUCACUCAUACUUUCCAAAGAAAGUUGGAGUUGAAGACAGGAUCAGCUGGGUUCCAGAUUUCAAGAUUCAAAUGCUUAGAGAUGGAGAUUUAUCAAUCUAGGAGGCCAAUUGCUCAGAAAAUUAAGCAUCAAGGUGGCAGAAGAAGAAAGGUGAAGAACCAAAGCUCAGAUAUUCUGCCAGUCUUACCUCUUCAUCAUCUCAAGGAUGUGACAAAGGGAAUAUGGCUCCUAUUACACUGGGCAUCUCGACAGAAAUAGGUUUCUUUUUCUUUUCUUUGUAUCCAUAACAUUCAAUAGUGCCUGGCAAAUAGUAGGCACUUAAAUGUUUAUUAAUUGCCUGAACAAAUGCCCCCUGCCCCAGAUGUUUAGAAAAAAAAGAAAAGCUAAUGGACUUGACACAUUGAAUGGCAGCUUUAUAUUCUGCUCUGAGUGAGAUGUUCUUCAAAGUUCCUCUCUUUUUAAAUUUUAUUUCUUCAAUUUAUUCUGCUGGGUGCUCAACAGAAGAACAAACGGAAUAAGCAAAAUCCCAUAUGAAGCACUUUGUCCAUAAUGAUUCUAAUUUGAAGAUCAUAGAUUGAUUUCUAAAAUGAAACAUAUGGUCAGUCAACUAAAUUCAGUGAGCCAUCAUUAAAAGCCUACUGUGUGCCAGGCACAGGGGAUAGAGAGGCAUAAAUGAUAACAGUCAGUAUAGGGGAGAUAAGAUUUACAAAAAUGAAUAUAGAAUUGCUAAUAAUUUUCUAUUGCUAAUAAUUGGGGGAAGCAGGAAAGAUCUCAAAUAGGCAGAAUAAAUAAAACAACAAUUUCCAAAGAACUUUAAAGGCACAAUAAUCACACACAUUAAUUAAUUACAUGAAGAUGUUUAAUGCACAAGACAUUAGUCAUCUUGAAAAACAUUAACUGGUACUUUUUCUAGAGGAUAUGUGUGUAGUUGUGCUUUGACAGACCUUUGAUCUCACUAAUUGUAAGUACUUUUUCCAUCUCACCAAUUGUAAGAAUUCUCUCCAACAGUAUCAAAUGUAACCUAGCCAUGCUUUCUCAUCUUGUUCAACUCCUGUCCACAUCUGGUUAAUGGCCCACCUAACGUGAUGGAGGCUUUCACCCAGGGACACUUUGUAAGGCAAUAAAAUGGAUACUCUAUCAAGGGUUUCUUAUAAGACUUUUGUGUUGUCACAAGAGGUGUAUUACCUAAAAACAAAAGAGCUUUCAUGUUUAUUAUUGGUUAAAAUUCCAUUUCUAUUUUCCAAAGAGAAUUAUAAUCUUGUGGGGCCAAAGAUGACAUUUAUCUUUAGAUCAGAAUUUAGCUUGUACCAUGUUUCUGGUCCCUAAAUUGCACCAAAGGAAAUAGCAUGUUUUAAAGACAGUAUUUUUGACAUAGUGGGCUAAUUAUCCGUGAAUUAAUGCUCUGUAUUAUUAAUACAUAUGUAUAUUCAUUGUCAUCAGCAACUUUAAGACUGUCAACCAUCCUUGGAUGUGUUAAGGUUGAAAAUGAAGCAUGCUGUAUUAUUUUAACCUCCCAACAUCUGUAGACAACUUAUUGUGACAAAUAAAAAAAAAUAGUACUGUUUCCUGUUAAAAGUUUUGCAAUUUAUGGUUUCAAAUAUUUUAUGUUUUGUUUGAACAAUAAAUCAGGAGAUGAACGUU